AUGACUGUAUGGCGCAAAUGUUUAUCGUUAGGUGCUAGGUAUUUAUCGACUUCAGCUGAGAGCAGCAGGGGCCUGAUACAGUACAGCCGGACUACUGAUAAGUCAUACAUCAGGAUUCGCGGUCCUGACUCGCCAAAGUUUCUGAAUGGGCUUCUAACUUCAAAAAUCGUACCGUUUUUCACCAAGAAGAACCUUACUACCAUAAAUCCUGAUCAGGGCCAAGAUCCUAACGCUAACACGGUUCCACAAUUUGAUGAGACGGGGCGUAAUUGGGGUAUCUACAAUGAACUGAGCUAUAAUGGAUCUUACAUAUCGCGUUUUGGUCAGUACUCCGGCAUACUUAACAGUAAGGGAAAACUUGUUACGGAUACAAUUGUAUAUCCCGUGCCGCUCACCUGCCUAACUCAACGGUCAGAAAGGUAUCCCGAGUAUUUAUUGGAGUUUGAUACUUCCAUCGUGGAUCACAUCUUAAACCUAUUUCAGAUUCAUAAGUUGACGAGCAAAGUGAGAAUCAUGAAGACUGAAGAUCUCAUCUCCUGGGACCUUAGUAUCAGACUUCCAUCGGAAUCUCAGAACCCGUGGAUAGCAAAUUUGCUAGACCCCAGCACAAUGACCAAAACACCUGAAGAAGCUUUAUUUUUUGCCAAAAGUGUCGGAUCUGCCCUAUUUAACGGGAACGAGAGCUCAGUCGUCGCUCUUUACAUUGAGAGACGUACCGAUGAGAUCUUGGAAACCCACGGCAGUGCCGCCCAAUGCUUUCGAGUGGUAACAGAUUCUGAUGUGCCGGAUAUCUCACAGAUACUGAACCCCGUGGGGCUUCCUUUCUCUUUCACCGUCGAAAAGAAAGAGCCUUCUUAUUUCAGAAAACUCAGAUUUGAAGCCGGCUAUGUAGACAGUGCUAGGGACUUCAAGCCCGAAACUUUAUUACCUCUGGAGCUAAACUUCGACUAUCUGCCGAACGCAGUGAGCGCGGAUAAGGGUUGCUAUGUUGGUCAAGAGCUGACAGCAAGAACCUUCGCCACAGGGAUUUUACGCAAACGUCUGGUACCCGUCACGCUGACAAACUCUAAUGAACUCUCUCUGCUGAGCGACGAUAAAAGAUAUCCCGAAAUUCUGAUAGAUUCAAAGCAUGAUAAUAACUCAUUGGCCUCUGUUAGCACGCCAUUCGGUGCGACACCGAGCAAACCACGCCGCUCAAGACCUGCGGGCUCGUUAAUCGCAUAUGAAGGCGACAAGGGCGUCGCCUUGCUAAGAAUCGAGCACUUUAAAAAAGCCUUUGAGGGCGAUCAAGAAGAGAAAUUAUUCCACGUAAAAGUAGACGGGAAGAUCGUCGAAAUAAACCCUAGAAAGCCGUUCUGGCUCGAGGGGAACUAG